AUGGUCUCAAAGUCUGAGGAGAGCGAAAUACAUCUUUUGCGUGCUAUAACUGAACGUGCCAACUCGCUAAGCCUCGAUACUUCUUGUGAUGGAUUCAAAGAAGUCAAUAGAAGAGUGGAGUCGGCAUAUUCUUUCAUAAAGGAAUGUACCAAGUACAAGAAAAGCCUCCAGCCCCUGUUGCUCCGUGAUUUGGGUCUCACUUUGAAAUCGUACCUUCAUCUUUGAGGAGGUCUCGUCACUUGAAUCUUAUUCUUGAAAAUCUCUCAGGCAAUACCACCCUGACAACCUUAAACCUAUGCAACUUUGUAAUUUGUGACUCCGGUGCCGAGUCCUUGUCUAAGUCUCUCUCAGACAACUCAGGUAUAACCAAUUUAAACCUGAGUCUUUAAUAACAUUGGUCACGAUGGUGCUAAGUUCUUCUCUGUAGGUCUUAGAGCCAAUACCACUUUGACAAUUUUGAACCUGAGAGGUAACGAAAUAAGUGAUCCUGGUGCUGCUUCCCUCGCUGAGGCUAUUUCAGGCAACAGGACAUUGACCAAUCUAAACUUAGGUUUCAAUCAUAUUUCUGACUCUGGUGCUACUUCCCUUUCUAAAGCUCUUUCAAACAAUUCAACUUUGACGGAUUUAGACUUGAGUGCCAAUGACAUUGGGAUUACUGGUGCUACUUCCCUUUCUAAAGCUCUUUCAAACAAUUCAACUUUGACUGAUUUAAACUUGAGUGCCAAUGACAUUGGGAAUACUGGUGCUACUUCCCUUUCCAAAGCUCUUUCAAACAACUCAACUUUGACUGAUUUGAACUUGAGUGACAAUGACAUUGGGAAUACUGGUGCUACUUCCCUUUCCGAAGCUCUUUCAAACAACUCAACUUUGACUGAUUUGAACUUGAGUGACAAUGAAAUUGGGAAUACUGGUGCUACUUCCCUUUCCGAAGCUCUUUCAAACAACUUAACUUUGACUGAUUUGAACUUGAGUGCCAAUAAAAUUGGGAAUACUGGUGCUACUUCCCUUUCUAAAGCUCUUUCAAACUACUCAACUUUGACUGAUUUGAACUUGAGUGCCAAUAAAAUUGGGAAUACUGGUGCUACUUCCCUUUCUAAAGCUCUUUCAAACAACUCAACUUUGACUGAUUUGAACUUGAGUGCCAAUAAAAUUGGGAAUACUGGUGCUACUUCCCUUUCUAAAGCUCUUUCAAACAACUCAACUUUGACUGAUUUGAACUUGAGUGACAAUGACAUUCGGAAUACUGGUGCUAAUUCUCUCUCUAAGGCCCUUAGAAAAAAUACCACAUUGACAAACUUGGACUUAGGGGAUAAUGCGAUUGAUAAUUCUGGAGUUGUUUCACUCACUGGGGCUCUUUCGGUGAAU